AUGACUCAGAACAAGCCUGUGGAAGCCCUCGUGCUUGAUGCAACUCCUUUGAUCACCCAGCCAGCUACUGCUCUUCAACAGUUUGCAUCUGUUUUUUACACUACGCCUGGUGUCCGCGCUGAAUUGAAAGAUGAACAUACCAGAAACCAGCUUCUACUUUGGGGCGACGCUCUACAAGUGAGGCAACCAAAACAGAAGUAUGUUGAUGCUGUUUCUGCAUUUGCAAAGUUGACUGGUGAUUACAGCGUUUUGUCUAUGAAUGAUGUGCACAUUAUCGCUUUGGCAUAUGAACUUGAAUGUGAGAAAAAUGGAGCAGACAAGUUGAGAAAGUACCCAGGCGAAAAACUUGCGGGAGAAGAAACAAAAGAAUAUAAGCCUAGAAGGUACAACUCUUACGAGGAACCCGAAGAAACUUUACCUGAGGAUGAUGAUGGUUUUCAGACUGUGGUCCGCAAGAAGAAAGUGAGCAGAAAGUGGAGAUACAAGCAAAGAGCAGAGAAGAAAGAUAGCGAAACGCAAGAGACAGAGAAGGAAGAACAAAAAGAAGAAGAGAAAGAUGAUGCUCAGAACGUCUCCAACAUUGAAGAAACUGCUCACCAAGAAGAAAAGUCAGAAGAUAAUUCUGAAAAUGCACAAGAAAUCGAACAAGUGGAAUCUAAUACCGAGGCAGCCAACGAAGCCGAAUCCUCUCUUACACAGGAGUACAAUGAGGAGGAUGACGAUGGCGACUGGAUUACGCCCGAAAAUCUCCAAGAAGAGUUACUCAAGGACAAUAAUGAAGUGGUUCAGGAUACCCAACAAAGUGAAGCGAUUGCAGUUGCUCUUUCCACAGGAGAUUUUGCAUGCCAGAAUGUGACAAUGCAAAUUGGGCUCAAGCUAAUGAACUAUGUUUCAGGAAAGCAAAUCAAGCGGGUAAGAAACUACAUGUACAGAUGCCACGCUUGUUUUGCCAUGUCGCCCAUGCUGAAGGACGGCCAGCCUAAGCAUUUCUGUUCUAAGUGUGGAGGAAAUACUUUGCUUCGGUGCGCAGUCUCGAUUGACGAGGCCACAGGUAAGGUCACUCCACAUUUAAAGGCAAACUUCCAGUGGAUCACGCGAGGCCAGGUAUAUUCCAUUGCAUCACCACUCAGCAAGAACCAAAAGAAACAACAAGGAAACAGGGGAUACCAACACAACAAAGAAAACAGACACAAGAACUUGCAAGAGCCAUUGAUUCUCAGAGAGGACCAGAAGGAGUACGCGCAGGCAUUGAAGGACAGUGCAUGGCACCGGAAGAAGAGCGAGAAAAUGCUUCAAGAGUGGAUCGGCGGUGGAAGUGCUGACAACUACAUGUCUCCUUUCUCUACGAACUAUCGUACAUCUGGAGUCAAAGUCGGCAGGGGCCGCAAUGCCAAUGCCGUGAAGAGCAAACGUAAGUAG